UUUUUCACCUCAGAUAAAAUUUUUAUCUUUAUAGUCGACACCAGUUUCUCUUGAGCACUCAUCAGUCUCGCUUCGACCAAAUGUUGUUUCAAUUCGGUGCAAUAAAGCCCUCAGCGUUCAAAAAACAUGGCAAAAAAGGUGUCGGGUGAUUCGAACGAAAUGAGGGAAUUCGCAGCAAGAAUAUGCAGGGAUUAUCUCUAUGGGCCAUGGAAAAGCGUCACUGCACAGAAUAUUGGGUUCAAACACAUCAGCGGUGGCUUGUCCAACCUCCUCUACCACAUAUCCUUGCCGGAAUCCCUCGUCGAAGAGAGCAAGGAUUUGGGUGAACCCCAAGAGGUCCUGAUCCGCGUCUACGGUCAGACCCACGGCGAGCACGCCCUCGAAGCCCUCAUCACCGAAAGCGUUGUCUUCACGUUAUUAAGCGAAAGAGGUCUUGGUCCAAAACUCCACGGAAUUUUUCCAGGAGGUCGUAUCGAGCAAUACAUCAAUGCCAGACCAUUGCGUACCAGAGAACUCGCCGACGAGAAGUUGUCGGUAAAGAUUGCACAGAAAAUGGCCGCCAUACACACCAUGGAGGUGCCCCUCCACAAGGAGCCCGGUUGGCUCUGGGACACCAUCGAUCGAUGGUUGAGGACAUGCGAAUCGAAAUUGAAAAGUGAUGAUGUUCCUGAAUUUUUCCGAAACGCCGUAAAUUGCGACUUUUUGUCGGAAGUUGAUUGGUUGAAAAAACGACUAGAGAUGGAGAAUUGUCCGGUCGUUUUUUGUCACAACGACAUGCAAGAAGGCAAUAUUUUGGUCAGACAAGACGCCCCGGAAAAUAACAAUAACAACGAUCCGCAGAUCGUCGUCAUUGAUUUUGAGUACUGCUCAUACAACUACCGCUCAUUCGACAUCGCCAACCAUUUCGUCGAAUGGAUCUACGAUUACACCGAAGAGGAGUACCCCUUCUACAAGGAAAACCUUGAGAAUUACCCAUCGAAAAAACAACGGCUCCUAUUCAUCAAAGCCUACUUGGAGGCGCGUGGUUCGAAAGAGAACCCCAAGAAAAUUUUACGUGAAGUGGAAGUCUUCACGCUUGCCUCCCAUUUCUUCUGGGGGAUUUGGGGGAUUAUCAACGCAGGCACAUCCCAAAUCCCAUUUGGUUAUUGGGAAUAUGCCGCAGCCCGUUUGAGGAAUUAUUUCCACCAGAAAAAGAAGUUUACUUUGGAUUUGAAACCGCUAGUGACGUCACUUCCGACUAAACGGAAGAGUUGCAGUCUGGAGUGAAAUCGCUUACUUCCGGUUAACUUUCGACUAGUCGAGGUUGCUAACUAAAGGCUGAUGAUUUUACACGUGAUAUUAGAUAUCAAAAAGUGUGGCAAGUGUACCUAAGAUGAGAGCUCGUGAUUGGUUAUUAGUAAUUUAUCAUCAUCACAUUUUACCCACAAUUUUUACUAUUUGCACAGAAAUUAUUUAUAUUAGAAAAAUUCAAGUUGAUAGCCGAGGGCUAAUCUCGUUUGGUUACGUUUGUUGUCUGUUGAAAUGUACUUAAUAUUCGGGAAUAUUAAUGUUCGAAUUUUAAAUGCAUUUAAAUAUUAUUACAUAUGUAUAUAAGUUAUUCGUAUUCUCAAUUAAGAUCAUUUUAUCUUUUGUAAAUAUUUAUUUUAAUAAAUAAUAAAGUCCCA